GAAGUGUGUCUUUGCUUCAUCGAGCAAGUUCCUGGGCCAUCAAAACAAACACACAGACACACAAACACAGAUACAGACAGACACAGAGCAGCUAAUGUCAGGGAAAGCUAGCUGUUGCUGUUAGAUAUCUCACUGCUGUUUCACCAUGCUACUGAAGUCAUGUUGCAUUUACAGCAUCGGGGUUUGUUCUGUACUGACGCUGAUCCUUGGCAUUUCUCUGGUUUUGUCUAACGUGUUCCCACAUUUUGUACAGUCGCUGGUUAAAAAGGAAGUAGUUCUGAAGAAUGGCACCGAGGCGUUUGAGGCCUGGGAGAAUCCACCGGCCCCUAUUUACAUGCAGUUUUACUUCUUUAAUGUGACCAAUCCCCUGGAGGUGCUGGAUGGAGAAAGGCCUGCUGUGGUGGAGAUUGGACCGUAUACAUACAGAGAGUACCGGCCUAUGGAGCAAGUGGACUUCCAGGAUAAUGGUACAAAGGUGACAGCUGUCAACACGAAGACGUACAUAUUCCAGCGUAACAUGUCCCGAGGUCCAGAGAGUGACCUCAUCAGGACGGUCAACAUCCCUGCUGUGACUGUGAUGGAGCAAUUCAAGGACCAUUCCAUUAUCGCCAAUCUGAUCUCUUCCUACAUGAAGUCCACAGGUGAAGGCUUGCUCACCACCCACACAGUGGGAGAGCUGCUGUGGGGAUAUGAAGACGGUCUGCUCAAAGCCCUCAAACUUUUACAACCUGACCUGGAUGAUGUUUUCGGACUCUUCUAUAAGAACAAUGCUUCCAACGAUGGUGAAUACGUGUUCUUCACUGGCCAGCAAAACUACAAAGACUUUGCUAGAGUGGAUACAUGGAAUGGUGAGAGCUCGCUGAGUUGGUGGACAUCUGAUGAGUGCAAUAUGAUCAAUGGAACUAACGGAGGGUCUUUCCAUCCAGUCAUCACCAAGAAUGAGACACUCUACAUGUUCUCCUCUGACCUGUGCAGGUCUCUGUACGCUCUGUACGAGGAGGAUGUGACCGUGAAGGGGAUCCCUGGGUAUCGCUUCAGUCCCCCUAGCAUGGUGUUUGCCAAUGCGACCGUGAACCCAGCCAAUGCAGGCUUCUGUGUCCCUGCUGAAAAUUGCCUGGGCUCUGGGGUGCUGAAUGUCAGCCCAUGUAAACAAGGAGCUCCGAUCAUUAUGUCCUCACCACACUUCUACCAGGCAGAUGAGAAAUUCAUUCAGGAUGUAUUUGGCAUGAAGCCUAUAAAGGAGCAGCACCAGACUGUGAUUGAUAUCAAUCCGCUAACAGGAAUCAUCCUGCAAGCAGCAAAGCGGCUCCAGGUCAACGUCUAUGUGGAGAAAAUUCCCACCUUCAGUCAAACAGGAAACGUGAGGACAGUGGUCUUCCCUGUGGUUUAUCUCAAUGAGAGCGUUGUCAUUGACGACGCCUCAGCCCUGAAGCUGCAUGCGAUUGUUGUCAAGCAGAAUGUCGUGGUGAACAUCCCGUUCAUGCUGAUUGGUGUCGGCAUCAUUCUGGGAGGAAUCUUCAUGUUCCUAAUGUGUCGACAAAAGAUUCCCGAGAGCACUCCUGCUGAGCGACAGCCCCUGCUCUCAUCAUAGCACCAAACAGGAUGUGAAAGGAGGAGGAUUGCCACAUACGCAGUAUAAUUCAACAGUUCAUGGAAUGGUUCAGUCCAUCUGCAGUUUGUACCGUUAACCUCCAAGUAACCUGAAUUUCACCUUUUAAUGUUUUUUUUUUUUUUUUAAAUCUAGGGUAUUUCUCUUUUAACUUCUAAAUAUGGGAUUUUUGAUUCAAACAACGUAAAUUGAGUAAUUUAAAAUCUCCUAACAAAUCUAAUUUGAAUUGUCCGGAGAGUCAGCUCUGAACUGAUCAAACCUCAAAGAAUUCAAAUGAAAAAAUGUCAUAAUAAUCUUAACUGCCAAAAUUUUAUUUUUUACAUUUUUUGUGUGAAAUCGAUGCGUGUGUGUGUCCGUGUGUGUCCGUUUGUGUGUGUGUGUGUGUGUCAGUAAGACAAAUGGCUACAGAGCAGGAAUAGUUAUGAAGGAAGAAUACUGUCAACAUCCAUCUGAUUUACUGCAAGAGAAAUAUAUUUUUAAUUAUUUUGUAACAUCAACAUUUCACAUUUUAGUGUUCUCGCAAAGCAUCAGCAAAGUGAAUAACAAAGUCAAGCUGUGCAAAUUGACUGCUGCCAUAAUGUUUUAUUUUUAUUGUGAUGAAUAUCAUUUUUGUAGCCUAAAACGUAUCGUUCCAAGAAAAGGGUUGUCAUUUUGAUAUCUUUAGAGGUCUCUUGGUUUGUCUGGAUCUCUGAAUCUGUACUGAACCUUUUAAAACCAUGUACUCUGCUGUACCCACAUCCAAAUAUUAUGUAUUUCGUCAGCCGCAGCAGCAUGAAGGGAAGGGUUUUGCCUGGUGUGGGGGAAUGGUGUCUUGUCUCAUGAUGGUGUGAAGCAAAUCUUUCUCCUCAGUCCAAUAUUUCGCCAUGAGAGUGUGAUUUUGAAUUUCUACCGAUCUAAAGUCAGUGUAUGAACGGCUUCACGCAAGUGACACUACUGAUACAUAUUUUGCCAAAUAGAACAACCACUAUUUAACCACUAUUGACUUUAUGUCAUUGUUCUUAUGCUUCAAUGCACUUUUAAACAGCAUCAGAUCAUAAUCAGAUUAUUGUGACUUUAUGUAUGUAAGUUUAGGGAGGGAGGUUUUUAUUGGACUACAGCUGAUUAGAUUUGCCUGUUCUUAAAAUGCAAUUGAUUUCCUUCCCAGCACUACACACAAUGUAACAACAAUGUGGAUUUUUUUUUGCAGUUUGAAUAACCACUGUUUCACGCAUAUCACCGACAGGUCAUGUUAAUAUUGUUAUUGUCUUAUAUGUAAAAGAGAAUAUUGUUUACACUACUACUUCAUAGUAAAAUCAAUAUAUAAUUGGUGUUUACAUACUCUCAAAAGGUCACACAUUUAACAAUUUUCACAUUGUCUUGUCAACUUCAAUAAACCUGUUUACCAUUC